AUGGUGCGUGCCUAUUUCCCCACUCUGUACUGCGCUGUCCUGCUAGCUGUCACGGCCGUCAGUCUUGGCUCGGUGCCGCCGAAAAAGCUCACAGAAGAGCCAAACCGAGCUAUGGUACAUGAAGAGAAGGGCCCAACGCUUCGUCUGUCGCCUGCCGACUUUGCGGACGAAGGCGACGAUUCGCUUUCCGACGCCGGGCCGCAGCAAGAAGUCCGCGGGGGGAGGGCCUACUACGCGCCGUGGGUGCCAUCAGACGGCACGGUUGCUAGCCCCCGCCUGGCCACCCACCCUCUACCGCUCUCCGUUCUCCUAGGCGACGUCCUGCGUGGAAAGCGAGGUGAGAGAGGCGGCGCGCAGUGGCGCCGCGGCGGGAGAGAGGUGAGGGUGUACGACCGGGCCACGCGCCGCUGGUACCGCUACUUCAUCCCCUCCCUGUCCAUGAACAACGUGUUCGGGCAGUUCCGGCCGGCCGGGACCAUCAGGCGGAUGGGCCGGGAACUACGGGGCGGCGCUUCCGUCCACGCCGACGACUACCAGUCCGAGACCGACUACGGGCAAGCGUCCGACAUCCACCGGGAAGGAGGCAGCAGGGCCUGGCCGGAGGAGGACUACGGCUACUACUGAAGGCGGGCGGAUACUGUCCUUGGUACUGAAAGAUGCUGAAGAAGACACAGAGCCGAAGAAAAGACCACAGUAGCUCUCAGGACAAGACCAACGCCAACGGCUGAGGACUUUCAGGACAUAAUCUCGAAGAACAGACUAUAUAUAGAUCAAAGCGGUUCGAUACUUAAGCUUUUGAUCUAAGAUUUUCAAGGAAAAU